UUUGCUGAAAAUUGCGAAAAAAUCAUUUAUUGACCUUUUACCUUGAAUAAAUUUUUUUCUGUACACGGAAUUUAUGUAACUUUAAAUAUCUGAAUUGAACGGAUUAUAACCGCCUGUAGCUGGUAUCACUAGGAGGUCUGUGUAGGAAGCAAAUACAUUUUUUUGUCGUUUGAGUCGAUGUUUAAAACUACAUAACAUCGAAUUCUGAAAAACCCUCCAGACCAACCUCAACUCGGAGAUCCGAACGGAACGCAAUUUCAACUCCAAUAUAUUUUGAUGUAAAAGUUGCGAUCUUGUUAUUUUUUUUUCUUUUUUCUCACCCCAUAAACCGGGAUUAUUAUUUCUAUAAGUGAUGAAUUGUUAUGAAUAAAAGUAGUUCUCAAACACAAUCCAUGGUAAUAUCAAAAAUUGGCAGUAGAUAGCGGAAUAAUACACCAGGUAUCAAGAUUCAAUUACCUGGGAGUGAAUAUAUCCAGUGAAAGAAACCUAACAGAGGAGGCACGAACACAAGCUAUGAAAGCAUCAAAAGUCAGCGGCUGUCUGAAGAUAUAGUGUGGAGAAACAAAGCGAUGAGCUCCGGAUCAGAAUCUAUAAAACGUGUGUGAGACCUAUUCCCACAUAUGCCUCAGAAACCAGAACCGAGACAUCAACAACAAAACGUAUAAUGAGAAUCACAGAGAUGUCGAGUAAGAAUUGGACGUGCAGGAUGUGGUGAGAUGGAUCAGGGCACGAAAAAGAUUCUAGGGAACACCUAGAAAGAAUACCAGAAGACAGAUGGGCAAAGUGGACUAAAACUCAAAGACUGAACACACGCAGACCUGUAGAGAGACCAGGAAGAUUCAAGACGAGGGCCAAACGUACAGGAUUGAACCUGGUCCUAUUAAAAGAGAAAGAAGAAGAAAAGUAGUUCAUAUGUAACGUAAUAUGUAAAAGUAGUUUACGAUAUAAGUAUCUAUCCCUAAAUGGCAGCGCCGCACCAUGUUUAUUUCAAACACUCAAAACCACGCGGCUCCAUAGAAAUUGGACUCAUUUUCAACCUCACCUAUAACCUUUUUAAGUCUAGUUCAUUAUCAUAACAAUAGGAGUUAGCAUAUGUAAAGUAUGAUGCAAUUUAUGUGUGUCAUUCUUAUUGUGAAUGUCCAACUUGGUAUAGUACAUAAAAGUUCAAAAAUGUCAUUAACUAUGUUAAAUGAUGUGAAAAUUCCUCUAAUCGGAUUAGGAACGUGGCAGGUAACUCGAGUUAUAUUUUCGAUGUCCGAAAAUUUAUUAAACUAUUAUAAAGUUUGAAUGAACAGAAAUAAUUUCAUAAGCGAAUUAACUACAAUUCGUUAUUUUAUUAUUUACCACAAUCCUAUUUAUAAUAAAAUAAAGUGCUGACAGCUGUUUAUGUAACUUGAUCCUUAUGCGCCUUAUUUUUUAGAAAGAUCUGGAAUUUUUUUUCAUGUAACUCUCGAGUUUUUUUUAACUAGUUUUCUAAAGUUUAUCAUUAAAAAAUUUAUUGCUUGUGGGAUUAUAUUCAUCAUUCAAAAUUAGGCUUCAUACAUUUUUUUAUGGAAACGUGCAAUACAAUAUUUAAUUUCCAGAAUCAGUGAAUUAUUCAAAAGUAUAGAUACACAACAUUACAGAAAAAAUUAAUCCUAAAUCAAAUAUAACUGAAACAAUAAUGAACUGAGAUUUCCGGUUCAAAGUCAGUAUAUAGCUGUAUAGUGAAGGUCAAAUUAUUCUUAAAUAAAAAUUUUGUGAGCAAUAAAGUAUGUGGCAACCGUGGCUUCAAGAUCAACCAUCAACAAGUCGAUUUGCAAAUUCGGUAAAUGUCUUACUAGAGCACAGUACAGGUAGAGGCACAGCAGUUCAGAAGAGACGGCAACAGUGCGUUAAUUUUGUCCAGUUUAUAAUCGCUCAUCUACUAUGGGUGCAGUAAUGAAUAAAAAUAUACGUUAAGUCAUAUGGGAAUUUGUGGAUUGAUAAUUACGAUUUCAUAUUGAUAGCAACUCAUAAAUUUGAGUGGGAUUUGUUGAUAUAAUUCUUGUGUUUUUAUGGGGUGGUUUUUAAGCCGCCUGGGAAACGUGGUUCUAUGUCGAUGACAUAGCCGCUUGUCUAGUAUCAGAACCAAGUUUUGGCAGGUGAGAAACUAAGAAAUUCUACAUGAAACUGCACUGAGAACGAACAAAAGUUCAUGUGCUUAUAAACACUUCUCUUUAUUGAACUAGCAUACAAGUCUUGGGACAGAUUUUUACAAUGUUUUAAAUGUUUUAAUCUAUUUAACAUGUAUUGCCAUGUUUACCAGUAUCAAGUUAUCAAGUAAGUAUUAAAAAAAAUUUUUAUUACUCCAUAAUUAUUAACCAUUUGUUCGUUACAAGAAAUGCUUGAGACUUUUUCUUCUGAAGACUAGGUACUAAAGUCCAUCACUCACUAAAGAUCUUGAAUAGACACACAUGCUAAAAAACUGUGUUCCUUGGGCAUUAGGAACAAUGCUCAUAGUGAUCUACAAUGAGACAAAGAAGGUAAAACUAUGAGGUCUUUCAAUAACUUCUUAUAGCUCCUCUUGUUUUGUGGGGCGAGAAUUCCUUUUGUAAAUUUCGUUUUUCGAAACCAUUGUUGAAUUGUGGUGAGGACAGAACAAUUAUCAUGCUGGUAAAUAAAAUCGUUUCCAUUUAAAUUAAGGUCUUCCUAUGGUGUUUCAAUAACUUCUUAUAGAUCCUCUUAUUUUUUGGGGCGAGAAUUCCUUUUGUAAAUUUCGUUUUUCGAAACCAUUGUUGAAUUGUGGUGAGGACAGAACAAUUAUCAUGUUGCUAAAUAAAAUCUCCAUCAUAAGUUGUAUUUAGGAAUACCUUCAUACCAAUUCUCCAACAAACGUCAGACCUAUUGAUACCCAUGCAAGUCCAAACAUUUACUAAAAAUUUUUUUUAUUUCCAUCAAUAUAUUGCAUGACUUGAAUGUUUUUUUAUCUGUGAAGACCAUUCUUUCCCGAUCUCGUUACACAUAAUUGUGCAAACACAACUCUGGAUUGCUUACAUUCAUUUGAAAGCGAUGCUUUCCUAGAACUUGCACGGUUUUUCAAAUACUAAGCUUUAAUUGUCUACGUUCCGUAGGACGGGAUCCUGGAAAGUUUGUUGCAAAUACAGCAUUAGAAGCCGAUUCGAAGAGAUCUUCUCUUCAAAAAUUAAUCAAUGCAAUAUCUUCUGCGUCAAUUGAAAUUUUCAUUUAUCCAGAUCCAACCUUUCGAUGCAAGGUUCCGUCUUGUUUCCAUCGCUUCUUCACUCAAGCUAAGGUACUCGCAUUAAGACCCACGUGAGUUGCUAGUCUUCCGAUAGACCAGCCAUCUUCUAAUUUGACAAUAAUGGCAGCUUUCUGAAUUUUAACUCAAAUUAAUUAUUGAAUUAUUUGUCACUGACAAUGACAGUGACAUAGUGGGGGCAAGAUCAAAAUUGAUUUGAUUGAUGUAAUGGCGCUGCUUUCACGAAUUCACUUAAUGUAGUGGAAACUAUAAAAGAAAUGAUGGGAGGUUCCAUCUAUUGAAUAACCAUUGUUUUAAAUGUUUCUGAAAGAUAGAAGUAGCAAUUACUAUACUCUUUGGAAGGUGGUACCAUGAUUAGAAACAACAUAAUGGUAUAAAUAGGGCAGAAGCUGACAAUAAAGUAUACAUAACUUACAUAAUUGAGUCAAACAAUUGAAGCAAUCAAAUUCAAUGAUUUUUUGUUGUUUUAGUGUCUAGAUGAAAAAGAGUUAACAAAUGCAUUAAACAGUGCUUUGGAAAUUGGAUAUCGGCAUAUUGAUACUGAAAAUACUGAAAAGUAUUGGAAGAAUGGUUUAAAUCUGGAAAGUUAAGAAGAGAAGACAUAUUUAUAACUACCAAACUCUCAUUCUAUAAUAAUGAUCCGAAUUUAGUUGCAUCCUGUUUAAAAGAAUCGCUAACAAAGUUAAGAUUGGAUUAUGUUGAUCUAUAUUUAAUACAUAUGCCAAUUUAUAUUAAAAAAGAUGAGAACGGUCAACCUAAUCAAUUAUUACCCACAGAUUUAAUCGGUCUUUGGAAGAAAAUGGAAGAACAAGUUGAUGCUAAGAGGACCAGAACCAUCGGUGUAUCUAAUUUCAGCAUUGAACAAAUAGAGAGAAUUAUGCAAAAUUCUAGAAUAAAACCAGCGAAUACUCAAAUCGAAAUGCACAUCUAUAACCAACAGAAAGAAUUACGAGAAUACUGUGACAAAAAUCACAUUGUUAUUGUGUCUUAUGCCACCUUAGGAUCUCCGAAUUCUUCGCAAUAUUUCAAAGAAAUUGGCAGAAAAAUAGACAGAGAGCAUUUCAACAUACCCAACAUCCUUGCAGAUCCAAUUGUUACAAAAUUGGCUCAAAGAUAUAAAAAAAGUACAGCUCAAAUUGCACUAAGAUAUGUAACACAAAAAAACGUUGUUGUUAUCCCCAAAAGCGUUAAGCCCGAGAGAUUGAUAGAAAACUUCAAUAUUUUUGAUUUCAAACUGGACAUCGAGGAUUUGAAAGCUUUGGAAAGUUUGGAUAAAGGGGAGGAAGGAAUAUUAUUUUUUUGGACACAUAUUACACCUAAAAUUAUCCAUCAUCCAGAAUUUCCUUACAAAAAUACUAGGAGAUGUUUGGAAAUGUCCUCAUCCUUUAUUUAGAAGUGUAGUGUUUCUAAAAAAUCAAUUAAUAAGUUAAUUGUAAUCAGAAAUUGCUAAUACUAUGGCAAAAUAAAUAUUUUUAAAGCAUGGGAAGAUUUGAAAAAAAUCUUGAACAAAAGAUGAAGGAGUUGACGUUUCAUAUUGUGUUUAGUCGUUUUCUACUUAUUUGUAAUAUAUCAUUCAAAUUUAUAGCUCACCCCCGAAGAUUAUUGAAAAAAAUUAUUAAAAAUUGAAUUUUUUGUCAUUAAAUUGAAAAAUUUCUAACAAAAAACAAGUUUUAUAAGUAGUCUAUUAUUCUAAGAUAAAAAAAAAUAUUUUUUGUGAAUAAUCUUUAUACAACUUAAUGAAUGGAAUGUAUUUCUAAGAUUAGGCUUUAUAUAUGAUUCAAGACAUUAAAAAUAGAAAAGUGAUACGAAACAUUUUAUUAGAAAUUUUCAAUUUAUACAUUUUUUUUAAGACUUUUUCUAAUAUUUUUUCAUGUUUUUGGAAUAUUCCGAAUAGUUUUUGGGAUAAUUGUUGAAAAUUUGUACCCCCAAAUGAAAUACAGCAUUUUAAAACUAUUCACGUGUUAAAAUAAAAAUGAUUACAUUAAUUAGUAAAAUGAUUAUAAUUGUAAGUUAUACGAUUUGGUAUUGAAACAAUAAAUAAAAAAUAAA